GUGCUUCAGGGCUUUAUAAGAGUAGUUUGCCUCACCUGCACAGACAGAAGAAGAGAGCGAGAGACCUAAUAAUACAUGUACAUCUGGAGCAUUUGAGAGCUGUAACCACAGACGGCAACAUGCGGCUCAACACACUCUUCUUCCUGCUGACCAUAUCUUGCCUCAGUCUUGCAUUGGCACAAGUGGCCUAUGAUGACUGCUGUUUGAAAUAUGUGAAACAAAUGAACCACAAAACUCAAAAGCAUGCAGUGGAGUACAGGGUGCAGGUGACAGAUGGAGGCUGCAACAUCCCCGCUGUAAUCUUCACCAUGCGGAAAGGGCGUGUGUUCUGCACAGACCCCAGAGAGGCAUGGGUCCAAAAACUGAUGAAGAAGAUUGAUGCUAAGAAAAACCAGAAACUCUCCAAAAACCAGCACAAUCCACGACGGCCGAACAGAGGUUGAGGACGACCGCCUGCUACAUCGCUCCUGUAAACAUUUACUCCUCUGCCAUCUAGAUCUUAUCAAGCUACAAUUGUUUUAUGGUGUCUUAUUGGAGCAAAGGCAGAGGACGAUCAUGGCAACCUUACCUUAGCCAUGCUUUUGCUUUCCCUCUGCACAUCAUAAAGGUCAACGGCUCGGGUGGAAUCGCAGCAGCCAUUUAUUAUACAGACUGUCCGCUGCACACUACAUAAAUGUGACUGCUUUCGUGCUUUUUUCGAGACAUCAGAUAUUCAUUCAGGCUGUUUAAUUCAUUAAGAGUGAUGAGUGUAAACUAUAAUAUGUAUAUAUAGAUGUAACAUUUAGAGUAUUUCCUGCAUAAUGUGUGUAUAUACUAAACAGAAAGCUUUUUUUUUUCCUUUCAGAAUUUUGUGUAUAUAUUCCCAUAAAAGAAUUAUAUAACAAUAAACUUGCUUUCACCACCCAG